AGCAACCUUGUAAGUUAUGGGCUGAUGAUCUGGAUUACAGAUGAAAUGCCGAGGCUCAUCUUCGGCUGGAGGGGCACUAAACUUCAAGUGCACUCCUCUAUAAAUAAUUGUAACACAAUUGCUUUUGCAUUAGAACACAACACGACAUGAAAUUAGUGGUAUUAACAUCCGUGAUCGGAGUGGCCCUUAGUGCCCGUUUGGACACGACCUACCUCCCUCCCAGGGGGGGCGGCGGCGGCGGCGGUGGCAGACCCAGCUUUGGAGGUGGCGGAGGCGGAGGCGGCGGAUUUGGAGGUGGAGGCGGCGCCCAAAUCCCAAUUUUGAAAUAUGUCAAUGACAAUGAUGGAAGUGGUAAUUAUUACUACGCUUAUGAGACCGGAAAUGGGAUCCAGGCCGAAGAAAGGGGGCAUUUGAAGAACGCAGGAUCUACGAAUGAGGCCGAGAGUGCUGAAGGGUCAUUUUCGUACACAGGCCCAGAUGGGCAAAGGUACUCAAUUCAGUAUGUGGCAGAUGAGAAUGGGUUCAGACCUGUGGGGGCCCAUCUACCAACGCCACCACCCAUUCCAGAAGCUAUUUUAAGGUCUUUGGAGCAAAACAGGGCUGAGGAAGCCCGUGGUGGGGGAUUUGGGGGAGAUGAGGGCCAGUAUCGGCCAGGAGGGGGAGGUGGAGGAGGGAGAGGGAUCACACAACCGUUUAAUCCCCAAACUGGGUACAAUUAUUAAUCGAUCACAAAUAUUUCUAUAUGCCUGAUUAUUACAUUAUGUAUUACUUAUUAUUUAUUGUAUGUAUUGUACUGCUGUGAAGUUUUUAUACAUAAUAAGAUGAAUGAUU